AUGGAAGUCGUGAGGGAACUUCAUCCCAAGAAACCUUUCGCCCAUCUAAAAGUGGAUGGCAAGUACUUCUUAUGUGGCACAUGUCACGAUUCGCUGAAGAGUGGUGACGUGCCCAGGUUGUGUAUGUCAAACGGACUGUAUUUUCCUCCCAUUCCACAUCAAUUACAGAGCAUGACUAGCUUAGAGGAACGUUUGGUUGCAUUGAGGCUACCGUUUGCUCAGAUUAGAUCGUUAGGGAGCGACCGUCAGUACGGAAUCCGAGGGGGAGUAGUAAACGUUCCAAACGACAUGGACAUAGUCGCCAAAGUUAUUCCCCGCCGAUUUGAUGAGACGAGUACAGUUCAGGUUCAAUUGAAGCGCCGCAUGACUUAUAAACAUCCAUACAUGUUCCAAACAAUUCGACCAUACAAAGUUUUCCAUGCAGCAAAUUAUUUAGUACGUACCGAAUUGUAUAAAAAGGAAAAGGUAUUUCUAUCCUCAGACUGGGCUAAUAGUGUUUCAACAGACACAGUAGAAUAUAUAGUAAACCCAAGCGAUGCUACUCAAAGUUAUACAGACAUAGAAAAUAUUAAAGACUUAUCUAUCAGUGACAAAGCCGAAACUGAAGACAAUGAUCCACCGUUAACGGAAACUCUAAUGCAAGAAGAUCAACUAAUCAUGGCAGUGGGACCUGGGGAAGGAAUGCGCCCGUUGUCUUUACUUAUGGAUCUCGACGCCGAAGAGUUAUCUUUUCCAUCCAUUUACUGCGGCAUCAAACGAAAACUGAAUCCAGAAGCUAACUUGUCAUAUAGUGAUAUUGCAAAGUCCGAACUACGCAGAUUUGAUCCACGCUGCAGACGAGCAGACAAGAUCUUAUAUAGCUACCGUCUCGUUCAAACUCAUAGGAUCGCUAGUAACAUAAACAUAUGUCUUCGAAAAAAGAAAAAGCGUGGGAUCGUGAGUGUUGGAAACCUACUUAACAAGCAAUGUGUCCAGAGCUUAAUUCAACACGAUGACGGGUAUCGGCUUUUGUCAAACAUUGUCAACUCACCGUCAUAUUUGGAAGAGAAGAAGAAGGACGUAAUGGCCAUGAUUCGUCAACUUGGACUCCCAACAUUUUUCAUUACAACAUCAGCUGCAGAGACGAAAUGGCCCGAGUUGAUCUCCAUGCUCCAUAAUAGGAAGUAUGGGACCGUGUUAACUAAUGAAGAAGUUUCUAAUAUGAAGUUCGAUGCUAAAACGGAUCUCAUAAGACAUGACCCGAUAGGAUGUGUAAUGGCUUACGACAGACGGGAGAAGGCAAUGGACAGAUUUUUGAUCAAGCCAGUGGGUGGAAUCUUUCAUCCUUAUGUACACCAGGACUUCUUUAAAAGGAAAGAAGUUCAACAACGCGGGUCAAUUCACACACAUAGAAUGGAUUGGAUUAAGGAUGCUCCGACGUUUGACAAAGAAAAUUCGCUAACUCACCAAGCUUGUUGUGAAUUCAUAGAUGAAUUCAUAACCUGCAAGAAAGAUGAAUCCGAUGACAUGAAGGAAGUCCUGGCAUACCAAAUCCACAACCAUUCACAUACUUGCGAAGACAAACGUCGAGGAUGUAGGUUCGGUUUUCCAAUUGCACCUAUGAGGACGACAAGAAUACUACUUCCGUUACCUGCGAACCAAGUGAAGCAAUAUAAAGAACAAUUUGCCAAGAUUAAAGAAAAGCUUGCCACAUUUGGGCGACAUGCAGAAGAAAUUAACUUUGAUAGGUUUCUUGAAGAUCUGGAUCUUACUGAAGAAAAUUAUAUUUUCUCAAUUCGUACCAACCUCAAAAUUCCCAAAGUUUUUCUUCGACGUGGAACCCAUGAAAUUUACAUAAAUGCAUAUAAUAAGAAGCUUCUUUUAUGCUGGCGAGCAAACAUUGACAUUCAAUUUGUUUUGGAUCCCUAUUCUUGUGCCAGUUAUGUUGUGAAUUACAUAAGCAAGUCAGAUCGAGGCGUAUCGAAACUUUUACGACAGGUUAGCAAGGAAAUUAGGGACGGUAAUUUUAGUUUGAAAGAACGCUUAAGCUCAUUUGCCAAUGCUUUUGCGAAAUCCUCAGAGGUAUCGGCUCAAGAGGCCGCUUGCUGUUUAUUAAAAAUUCCUAUGACACAAAGUUCGCGUGACGUAACAUUUAUCAAUACGAGUAGACCUGACGACAGGGUAAUUUUCGUUAAGCCUGCCGACGAACUUGAGAAAAUGGAUCCAGAUUCAUGCGACAUAGCUCUCAAAGGAAUUUUAGAACGUUAUGUAGUGAGGCCAAGGGCAUUGGAUAAUCUUUGUUUAGCUGAUUACGUUGCAAACUAUAACUUUACCAAAGGAUCCUCUUCUCUGCGGAAGCAAAUUAAUCAACCGAUCACCUCAUUAAGUCUGAUUGACAAUAGUGGGUACAUAACUGAGAGAACAACUUCUCGAAUUAUCCGAUAUCGCAGAUUCGGUCUCCAUCAAGAUCCUGAGAAUUUUUAUAGAGAACAAAUUAUGCUGUAUGUACCAUGGCGGGAUGAAAACACAGAUCUUCUUGAUAUUGAUCAUGUUUCAGUUUAUCAAAACUUCUUAGAUCAAAUUACACAAAAACGACAAAUAUAUGAUCCAUGUUUUCUUGAAACUGAGCUAGAGGUAGGACUCAGUAUGGCACAGAGAGAUGAGGAAACUUUUGACAAUGCUUGGGUCGACCAUACUCCAAUCGAGUUCAUUGCCGAAGACCAAGAUUUUGCUGUUGAGUUAGGGGACUCAACUUCAAAGUUUAUGUCUAUUCGACCUCCUAAGUUGAUACCAACAGACGAUUACCUCAAGUUAAUGAAGACUUUGAACGAAUCUCAAAGAAGAUAUGUAUUGAACCUUUUGCAUAAUUUGAAAGCAAGAUCGGGACAAAAUUUCCACGUAAUUCAUGGGCAGGCCGGUGUAGGAAAGAGUAGAUUAAUUACUGCAAUAGUUCAGUGCAUAUUAAGGAUGUCGGACAAGGAACCUGGAUUAAGUGGUGAAGCAAUUCCUGUGCUAGUAGCAGCAGCAACAGGGAAAGCUGCAUUUAACGUUUUUGGUAUGACAUUGCACUCGGCAUUUAGACUCCCACCCAAUCAAUACGCAGGAAAAAUGACUCCACUGGAUCAUGGUUCAUGCAAUAUCUUGCGAUGUUUGAGGCUUUAA